AUGGGUAUUGAUCACACUAGAAAGCAACACAAGAGAUCUGGUCACAGAACUGCUCCAAAAUCUGACAACGUCUACUUGAAGUUGUUAGUUAAAUUGUACACCUUUUUAGCUCGUCGUACUGAUGCUCCAUUUAACAAGGUUGUUUUGAAAUCUUUGUUUAUGUCAAAGAUCAACAGACCACCAGUUUCUCUUUCUAGAAUUGGUAGAGCUUUGAAGCAAGAAGGUGCUGCCAACAAGACCAUUGUUGUUGUUGGUACUGUUACUGAUGACUCUAGAAUUUUGGACUUACCAAAAGCUACUGUUGCUGCUUUGAGAGUUACUGCUUCUGCCAAAGCUGCCAUCUUGAAGGCUGGUGGUGAAGUUAUCACUUUAGAUCAAUUGGCCAGCAGAGCUCCAAAGGGUCAAAACACUUUGAUUGUUAGAGGUCCAAGAAACUCUAGAGAAGCUGUCAGACACUUUGGUAUGGGUCCACACAAGAACAAGGCUCCAAGAAUCUUGUCUGAAGGUAGAAAAUUCGAAAGAGCUAGAGGUAGAAGAAGAUCCAAGGGUUUCAAGGUGUAA